GCUUUGGGAGACGUGUUCAACAUGGCUGCUCCCAUGUAGACGUGUUGCUGUUUGUGUGUAGAAGCUGCAAACCAUGAGAGAAUUCAGCAACCAUGGAUACAAAAGAAAUAGUCCACUGUGCUCUGCAGAUAGAGAAACUCACAGCAAACAGAAGCUAUGGCGACAUCUCCACCCUCCUCUGUGACCUCGAGAAGUCGCACAUCACAACAGAGCAGCUGGAAAUGACAGAUAUUGUCAAAGUUCUCUACAGGCUCGUGAAAACCUGCUCUGAUAAUGGAAUGAAGAAGACAGCCAAGAGCUUGUUGUCCAAGUGGAAGAGACAAUACAGCAAAGGUACACUAGGUGUGAAAUGCACCGAAGAGAGCAAGGGUCCUGAGAGCUCUUUCAGGAUCUCUCCACAACGGGAGACUGGGGAUGGAGGAAUUUUCCAGCAGGGGGUUUCACACUCUGACAGUAGGCUGGAGAAUAUGAAGGCCGCUGUAGAAGCUGAAGCAUCAUCCUUAGUGGAAAAAGAUGGCCUCCACGCUCUGACUUCCACUGCAGAGAGCACAGCUGUGUCUUUUGAUUUCCCAUCUGUAAGAGCCAAAUGUGUUCAGCUCCUCCUUGCUGCCCUCUGCCCUGAAACCUCUGAUCAGGGCAAGGCUGCAGAGCUGGCUGGAGAUAUCGAGCAGCACAUCCAUGAGCUCCACACGUCCAGUCAAGUCAAAUACAAAGCUUGUGUAAGGAGCAAGGUGGCCAACUUAAGGAAUCCUAAAAAUGGUCACCUUCGUCAGGGCCUCCUGAGCGGCUCUCUGUUGCCUGAGGCCUUUGCUGGGAUGUCAGCAGAGGAGAUGGCCAAUGCAGAGCUGCGGCAGCUGAGGGAACAGUAUUCAUCCCGGGGUGUGAGCGAGAGGCAGCUUCCUCAAAGGAUAGAAGGGACACAGACGCAGAAGAUUCGCUGCAAGAAAUGUGGAGGGUCAGACUGUAGGGUGACUCAGGUGUCCAGGGGGGCACUUUUCUUGCCUGCGUGGGUGAGGCGAGGCGGCCCUGAUGAGGACGCAAUGACUUUUGUGACCUGCAUCGGGUGUGGGCAGCAGUGGUACCACAGCAACUGGGUCUGCCUCUAAGUCCAAGUCUGUGUAGGGCUGAAGCUAAGGCUUACUUUAAUUACUGAUUGACUUGUUCAACUAAUUGUCUCAGACCUAAAAAUAUUUAGUCCACUAUUAUGGAAACCUGUAAAAACCUAGAGAAUAUUCUGCUCUGAUGAGCUGAUAUCAGUGACUUUUUACAUUUUGAACCGUCACUGUUGCUGCUUCAUUUUUUUGGAGCUUGAGAAAACAAGUUGGGAACAUUGUGCUGCUUUUCUUAUUUCUCAAAAAGAAGCUCAAUUUUAACCCAAACCUUCUGACAGUGGGUGGAAAAUGGAAACAAGAGACUUUCUUACAGCCUAUUAAAUAUUUUCUUCAGUACAGAAAGGGAGGAGUGAUGGAAUGCAGAAUGGAAACAAGAGACAGAACAUUCAUGCAGUGCAUGUUUGUGGUUGAAACAGGAAUCCUGAAGGAUUCAUCCUUUACUUUGCAUGGCAGAAUCUUCCAGCUCCAGGCACAAAAGCCAAGCCACUGCAUAUUGCAGCUGCAGACUGAAAGGGAAGUGGCUCUUAUCAUUUUCUUCCCACUGAAUCAUUUCCGGUCUCCUUUGCUUUCUCUAAUUGUCAAUCGGUUCAUCACUCCUUACAAUAGCUCAUUUAGCUGCUUCUCUCUUGAGCAUUUUCUGCCUAUAGAGAACUGCUGAAAAGCCACUAAUACCUUGACCUUUGCCCUCACUAUUGCAUUACUUUCCUGAUCCUUAGGGAAAUGUCUGUCCUGUUGCACCACUUGUAGGUCAUUCUGAGUACAGGUUCUAGGUGAAUUCCUAAGAAAAGGAUGACAACAUACCCUGAGCCUCCUACAAUAUCCCACUCAUUUGAAGCAAACUGGAGCCAGUAGACGACACAUGUGACUUGUGUGAGUGAGUAUGUGACUUAGGAAUCUGGCCUCCUGACCUGCCUCAGUGCUGGUUCCUCUUCCUCUGUGAAGCCUGCCAAUGUGGCGCAAUGGCCCAUUUACAUGUAUUGGUGACGUCACAUCCACUCAAGCUCAGAAAGCUGUUAAAGUCAAAGGUUUUGUGUAAAGCUGUGUUGCUUUUUAAAUUAGGGUUGUCUGAAGACAAAAGCCCCUAUAAUGAAAAGGCAGAGUCAGAGUUGGUCCUGCAGUACCUCAGAUACAGUAGAAGUGGACGUAUUGUGUCUCAACUCUCUGGGAUUGAUCUCCUCAGCUUUUGGUCAUACUGAAUGAUUUCAUCCUUUCAGUCAUGGUGGUGUGUCAAAUCAGUGCUCUGCAUCCAUUUCUGUUUUCUCUCCCUCACUCCAACUCAGAUAGAAACAGAGCACCCAGCAGAUGAAGGUGUGGAGCUGCCAUAAAUCUGAUACUUAGUUUCAAAGUAAAACACUAGUUUGUGCUCUGAUGAUGAAUUGUAACCCACUGCAACAGGCCUGCAAACCUGCACCGAUGCAUCUAUAUAAUCCUGUGUUACUGCAGCGGAUAUUGUUAUAAAUGGAGGGCUGUCAGUCGCUUGGGUGCAGCAGGUUGUCAGGUUAUGUGCAGCAGGUUGUCAGGUUAUGUGCAGCAGGUUGUCAGGUUAUGUGCCCAGUGGUUCCCAGCAUUCUGGCUUGUGACCCCUAACAAAUCGAUGUUUCCUUGAGACCCUUCAUCAGAAGUUAUGGCCUUAAAGUUCUUUAUUUGAAACUUUUACAGUGUGAAAUGAUGAAACAAUGUAUUUCACAAGAAAAAAAAUCAUGAGGCGCGUGAGGAGAGGAGGCGCGUGACAGGAGGAGGCGCGAUGCUCCCAGGUCAUAUGAGCGUCACCGGAGCAGCGGGGACAUCGGAGUCGAUAUGCGGCUAAGUUGUGCUGUGAACCGCACGAAUGUAACCGCUGGCACCGGGUUGUGACCGUUC